UUUAGAUCUCGUGCAAGGCAAAUAAUGCUCAAUAUCCUCCGGACUGUAAAAACUCCGCAUGGAGUGAUCAGAACAAUAAGAUACAAUGACGCAUGCGAAUACGCUAUUACUACUGGAAAUGAUCGAUCAAUUAAAUUAUGGAAUCCGUUGACUGGGGCUCUUCUUAAGUCAUAUUCAGGACAUAGUCAGGAUGUUCUUGAUGCUGUUUCCUCGACUGAUAAUUCUGAAAUCCUCUCCGCCGGAGGCGACAAAGCAGUGUAUCUUUAUGACGUCAUAACUGGUGUCAUUAAGAGAAGAUUUUUAGAGCAUUUGAGUAAAGUCAAUUGUGUCAGGUUCAAUUCGGAUUCGUCACUGAUGCUGUCGGCUUCUGAUGACAAUACAAUCAAGUUGUGGGACGCUCGAUCUAAAUCAAACGCGGCCGUGCAAACUCUCAGUGAUGCAUCUGAUGCGGUAACAUGUAUCGAUACAUCCGAUUAUGAAAUUUUAUCAUCCUCCCUUGAUAAAAGUUCUCGAAUUUAUGAUAUCAGAUUUGGUCAGUUGAUUUCUGACUUCAUCGGCGACGAGCUUACGUUUUGCCGAUUUGGCGGUGAAAACCAGUUAAUUUUGCUAGCAGCACUCAACUCGACUAUUAAGCUGUUCGACAGAAUGUCAGGAGGGUUAUUCAAUGAAUACGCAGAUUGCAGCUCGGCCAAGUACAAGUUAGAAUGUGCUUUUGCUGUUGACGACAAACUAGUAGUGAGUGGGUCUGAAAACGGAGGUCUUUGCGUAUGGAAUCUUAUCGACUGUAUGCUAAUCUACGGUGGAAAAAUUAAACAAGAAACAGCAGCUGUUACAUCUGUUGUUAGUCAUUCGAAGGAGCCCUGGAUUCUAGCCUCACAGGGAAAUUUUUACCAUCUGAUUGAUUUAUCCGAAAUUAUGAAGUCAUCGAAAAAAUGAACCAAAAUAUGUUGUUUCUUUGUUUUCCUUUGUUUCAUGCGGUUUUGUCAAUCCAAAAAUUGUGCUGAUGUUUAAUCUAUUUUUUAUUUGGAUAUUUG